AUGGAAUCCCCACGAGAAACUGCGGUUAGCUCGCCCAAACCAACGCGCUCAUCGCCGUCGUUAUCACGCGCCGUCGACGCGCCAAAACCUCGUCCCAAGCUUCUGGCAGCUCUACGGAAACGCACCACAGCGGGGUCGUCGGAAAGCGAUACAGAAUCUGAAACCGAUGCAUCCGAAUCCACCGAUGAUGCCUCUAUCCCUAAGAGUGCAAAACCACUAGCAGGCUCACGACCACCACCCAACAUGGACUCUUCAGAAGACGAGAACCAAAGCGAAGGAGAGGGGGCUUACGAACGCAUGAAGAAACGACUUAAUGCUGAGAAGGAAUCAAAGGAGCCUCAGAAGUCAAAGGGAGAGGCAAAGGGAGAGGCACAGGGAAAGGCACAGGGAGAGGCACCAAAGAUCACCACUAUCGCUAGCAGCGAGGACGAAGACGAGAUGCCAGUACGAACAAAUGCUCGCAAAGUCAUCACAAGGAAACAGAAGACCCCAAGCCCUCCUGUAUCACCUACACUGAGCAUACGCUCACGACGAUCAUCCCCUGGACUCUUUGUAACACCAAAUGCGUCGCCCGCAAAGAAGCAGUUGCGAACUCUCGAAAAUGUGGAUUCAGAACUCCACAAAUCCCCAAGAUCAUCACACAAGACAGAUCUGCAAGAGCGCGUAGAGCGUAUUCGAGCCGAGAGACUAGCGAAGCAGAAGGAGGAAGAAGCACAGCAAGCAAAGCAGACGAAGACGACACGGCGGCAGGCUGAUGGAGAGUCUGGCAGCGACACAGACGGCGAGGAUGGAAGACGUCUGACCCAACACUCUAAACCUACCAGAAGAGCUGGCAAGAAGGCACUGGAGGCAAUGGCUCGUGACCAGCAAAGAAUCAGCCGUAAUAUGCAACUCACCCACCAGGCCAAGACGAAGAAACGAUAUUCAACCAAAGACCUUUUUGCCCGUAUGGGGUUCGCUGCACCUGGCGUUGAGACUGUAGCGACAAGUGGACUCCCUACCCCGGAUGCAAGUUCUGCCAUAACGUCUUCUGACGCGGAGGCAAAUCAGAUUCACACUACCCUACCACAUAGUCCACCAAAACAGGGGGUUGUUCAGGAAGAGGCUGCUGUGCUUGCUAUAACUGAAACAUUAAAAACAAUAAACACAGAGCAGACCGAAGUACAGUUGCCUGUAAUUAUAAAGGAUGACAAGGGCAAGGGAAGAGCGCCAGAGUUUCAGCACCUUCCCAUACACCCUUGGAUGAAGACGACCGAAAAUGUCACUGUUCAAAGGGCUCGCGUGGAUGCGCAGAUUCCUUCCAAUGAUGCAAUGAUAGAGCUUUCGGAUUCCGACGAGGACCUCAAGACAGCGCAACCCAAGAGCAGGUUUCCUGUCUUUGACCGAGUCCCUUUGAGAAAACAAGAAGAAGGUGCUUCGUUGGUGUACUUGCGCAGUCUUGCUCAAUUAAGAACAUCUCCCCAGAACGUCAAGAAGGGUCAGAAAUUGAUAAGUCGCGCCGAAAUGGAAACGUCCCUUGCUCAGAAAGCUCGCCAGCAAGCUCAGAAAGAGCGCGCAGAGAAGAUUGAAGAACUGAAGCGACGAGGCAUCCAUGUCGAGACGGAAGAGGAGCGAGAGAAGCAUCAAACCGAGGUCGAGGACAUGGUAGCACAAUUCGAGAAACAGAGGCAGGAAGACUUGAGCCUUGCAAAAAUGGAGAGAGCUGAGGCGAAGAAGAACGGGGAAGUCGUCGAUGAUUUGCCUUCUAGCGACGAGUCUGAUGAUGAUUAUGUUGGCAGCGGCGACGAGAUGGCGGAGGAUGUGGGGGCUGGUAGUGAAGAAGAAGUUGAACUUGAGCUCUCCGGUUCUGAAGACGAAGAUGGGGACGAGCCCAACGUUUUGAUUGACGAAAUGGCCGAUGAAGAUGUAGAAAUGGAGGAUGAUGAUACGGUUGCACCUACCCGCAAGCAGACCAUCAACCGAAACCGAAACAGGGUCGUCGAUGACGAGGAUGAAAGCGAGAACGAGGCUCCGAAUGGAUCCCCAACUCAACAAGCAACCCAACAAGCAACCCAACAAGCAACCCAACAAGCAACCCAAGACGAUACAAUGGCUGCAUUCGGAUUCGCAAACUCUAAGCCUAGCCUCGGUCUCACCCAAAUGUUCGCUGGCACUAUGGCGAACUUGGAAUCGGGCUCACAAUCAACUGUUGCGGACCCGGAACAGAAUUCGCUGGACUUUCUGCGCAGCCUCCCGGACACGCAGCCUGUGGUCAACUUCAGCCAAACGUCUGACUUGCUAGUUCCCAACAGCCAGUCGCUAGCAUCGCCACAGAAGCAAUCAAAACCUGAUUUAGAGAGCCAGUUCAGUCUAGGAAUCAGUCAGUUGGUCAUGGCGUCUCCAGCAAAGUCGCAGCUCAACGACCUCCCCGAGCCCACGCAGGACGUCGGCUUUUCAUUCUCACGUUCGCCGGGGGGUGUUGUGCUACCAGAUUCGACGGUGGAUACUGUCUUGGUGUCAGUUGCUGAAUCGCCUAUCAAGCAAAAGAAGGGCAAGCUUCAUCGUGGACGGCGCGACGCAACUGUCGAACUCUCUGACGUUGAGGACGAUCUUGGUGGCGCUGAGUCCGUGUUUGACGAGGAAGGAAACGACGAUGUUCCAGUUCUUCCCAAAUCCAAAGAUGUCUUUUCCAAGAUGAAGAAGGCGGCCAAGAAGCAGAAGGCGAUUGACGACUUUAACAAGAAGACUAGUCUGGCAAAAGACGCCGUCAUGGAACAAGCUGAAGAGUCUGAAGAUGAGUAUGCGGGACUUGGAGGCGGCAGUGACGAAGACAGCGGGGAGGAAGACGAGGAGAUGGAGAAUAUGAUUGACCAUGGCGAUGUCGAUGUUGACGAGCGGCAGUUGGCUGCACUCUUUGCCGACAAGGCAAGAAAAGAAGACGAAAAGAACACAAACCAACUCUACAAAGACCUCAUGAACGGCGGCCUCCGCAAACGAGCAGGCCGCGACGCAUUCGACAUGUCCGACUCGGAAGACGAAGAAGAAAUGCGUCGCAGGAAGAAGCGCGCCGAAUUCCAACGCACCUACAACGCGCUCAAAAGCGACGAACGCCUUGGUAAAAUCGCAGACGACCAGAAGAAAUCAGCCUUCUUCAAAACCUUCAUCGACGUAGCAGACGAAGCAGACUACGACUUCCUCGACAUGCCCGCCGACGAAGAACCAGCAACCCCCACCUCGCAAUCCCAAGACACCACCACCAACGAGCCCCUGGUCCCAGACUCGCAGUCCCUAGACACAACACUCAAGCGCAAAUCAGCCUCACCCCAAAAGGAGAACCGCCCCCCACCACACCUCCGCCGCACCGCCCCCUCAGACAAAACAAUGCGCAAACCCAUGUCCUUCGCCGAUGUGCAGAACUCGGUCUCAGAACUCCUAGACGACCCGCGCAUCGUCAUCCCAGACAGCCAGUUCUCAGACGCAUCGGACGACGACGGCGGCGAUGCCCCAGCGUCAAUCCCCACGCGCAACCCCAUCAUCGACCGGCUAUCCCUCUCGCGCCAGUCCACGAUGGAAGACGCCGCCUCGGCAGACGGGAAUGUGGCGUUCCACGUCGCGCGGCGCAGCAGCGGCGCUAUGGCCGGUGGGUUCAAAGUGCCUAGUUUGAUUCGUCGCGCGACGAGCAAUUUCUCUACUGCGAGUGAGAAGGCGGGGUCCGGGGUUAGUACGGGGACGGCGGCGGUGGCGGCGGAAGGGGGUGUGAGGCGCGGCGGGACGGGGAGGAGUAAUAUCCAUGCGCAGGCUAGGGAGGCGGAGAGGAGGGCUGCGGUGGAGAAGAGUGAGGGGAAGAGGAAGGAGGCGUUGAGGAAGAAGGUGCAGGGUGGGCGGAAGGGGAGGAGUGUGUUGAGUGGGUUGGGGGGUGGGUUUGAGUGA